AUUUUCAAGUCAAAUCUGUCGAAUAGCAACAUGUUGGCAGCACGACCGAAAUCCAGUUUCAUUAUCACCAAUAUGCCCGAUCGAAAGCGACCUCUGAAGGUAAUCCGGGCCGAUUCGGAGGCCCAGCUGGUGAAUGGCCUGGCCGAUCUCUUACAACACUGCUCCCAAGGGGCACUGGCCCGGCAGGAUAGGUUCAGCGUGGGACUCUCAGGUGGCUCGUUGGUCCAGCUGCUGACGAAGGCUCUGAAGCAGCGAGCGGGAGAUUUAAACACCGCCAAGUGGACGUUCUUCUUCUGCGACGAACGCUAUGUGCCACAGGAUGACAGCGACUCUACCUACGGCGCUUACAAGACCGAGUGGCUCACCCAGUUGCCGGGCAUCCGGGACUCGCAGUUCGUUACGGCCAACACGGCCAAGUCGCUGGACGAAUGCGCCGCAGACUACGAGGCGAAGGUCAAGGAUAGAGUGAACUGCGACUGCGGCCUGCCGCAGUUCGACCUGCUGCUCCUGGGCAUGGGACCUGACGGCCACACCUGCUCCCUGUUUCCCGAGCAGCCAGCCACGCUGCAGGAGACCCAACGCCUGGUCAUACCCAUCCGGAAUUCCCCUAAGCCGCCACCCGAGCGCAUCACCUUUACCCUGCCGCUGAUCAAUAAUGCCAGGGAUGUGGCCUUCGUGGUGACGGGCGCUGGGAAAGCAAGUGUCGUUAAGCGUGUGUUUGUGGAUCUGGACAAGGAGUUUCCCGCUGCCUGGGUGAAUCCAGAUCAAGGACAGUUGACUCUGAUUGUGGAUGCGGGAGCUGGAAAGGAGAUUGAAGCCCUAAAAUGACAAUUAUUAGAAUAAUGAAUCUUGUAAAUAAUAAUACUUUUGGAUAUUUGGAUA